GAUAAAUAAUUUACUUUAAUAAUUUAUGAGCACCGAAGUUCUCUUUCCCACGCGAUGGAGAUCGACGAGUCCAGUAGUGCAGCGGCGACGAUGGAUGAGCCCCAGGAGGAGGCGAGCGCGGCGCAGCCUCCACGGAUCUACAGGCUUGACGAGUCAGUAGUGAACCGUAUCGCGGCGGGGGAGGUUAUCCAGCGGCCUGUCUUGGCCGUGAAGGAGCUCGUCGAGAAUAGCCUCGACGCUGGCUCCACCUCCAUCUCAGUUACCGUCAAGGACGGUGGUCUCAAGCUCAUUCAAGUCUCCGACAACGGCCACGGAAUCAGGCAUGAAGAUCUGCCUAUACUAUGUGAAAGGCACACCACAUCAAAAUUGUCUACUUAUGAGGACCUGCAGACAAUUAAAUCAAUGGGUUUUAGAGGAGAGGCUUUGGCCAGCAUGACUUAUGUUGGUCAUGUGACAGUUACAACUAUAACUGAAGGCCAGUUGCAUGGUUAUAGGGUUUCUUAUAGAGACGGAGUAAUGGAACAUGUACCCAAACCUUGUGCUGCUGUAAAGGGGACUCAAAUAAUGGUUGAAAACCUAUUUUACAACAUUGUUGCUCGUAGAAAAACAUUGCAGAAUUCCAGCGACGAUUAUGCAAAGAUUGUAGAUCUCGUUAGUCGGUUUGCAAUUCAUAACACACCGGUGUGCUUUUCCUGCAGAAAGCAUGGUGCAAAUAGAGCAGAUGUUCAAAGUGUUACUACUUCUUCCAAGCUUGAUGCUAUCAAAACAGUAUAUGGUAUUUCUGUUGCUCGUGAAUUGAUGGAGAUAAGUGCUUCAGAUGAUAAUCCUGAUCAAUCAAUAUUUAAGAUGACAGGCUUUAUUUCUAAUGCAAAUUACAUUGCAAAGAAAACGACGAUGGUUCUUUUCAUAAAUGACAGGCUGGUUGAAUGCUCUGCCUUGAAGAGAGCUAUAGAAGUUGUGUACUCUGCAACACUGCCCAAGGCAGCUAAACCUUUUAUUUAUAUGUCAAUUGAACUUCCAUCUGAACAUGUAGACGUGAAUAUCCAUCCCACUAAAAGAGAGGUGAGCCUUUUGAAUCAAGAAAGUCUUAUUGAAACAAUACAGAGUGCUAUUGAGUCUAAAUUGAUGAACUGUAACAAUACAAGGACAUUUCAAACUCAGGCUGUAAGUUCUGCACCAGAAAGUAGUUUCUCUAUCAGAAAGGACAUUCAGAAGAAUCCUUCCUCUUCUGGAGGAAAAUUCCAGAAAACGCCAAUAAAUCGAGUGGUUAGAACAGAUUCUCGUGAUCCUUCUGGAAGGUUACAUGCUUAUUGGUCAAAUGGUCCUUCUUCACAACAUCAAAAGAAGUCAGAUUUGGCUUCUGUUAGAAUUGCUGUGAGACAAAGGAGGAACCCCAGGGAAUCUGCAGACCUUACCAGCAUCCAAGAGCUUCUAAAUGAUGUUGAUCAGAAUAUUCAUUCAGGACUCUUGGAUAUUGUAAAAGAUUGCACAUAUAUUGGGCUUGCUGAUGAUGUUCUUGCAGUACUUCAGUAUAGUACUCAUUUGUACCUUGUAAAUGUGGUAAAUGCAAGCAAAGAACUUAUGUAUCAGCAAGCCAUACGCCGGUUUGCCCAUUUUAGUGCCAUUCAACUUAGUGAGCCUGCACCAAUACCAGAGUUACUAAUAAUGGCGUUAAAAGAUGAAGAUUUAAAAUCUACAGAUGACAAUGAUAUGGAUUUGAAAAAUAAAAUAGCAGAGAUGAAUACUGAGUUACUCAAACAAAAGGCAGAAAUGCUCGAAGAGUAUUUCUGCAUAAACAUAGAUCAAGAAGGAAACUUGAUGAGGCUUCCUGUUUUACUCGAGCAGCACACUCCUGACAUGGACCAUGUUCCAGAAUUCUUGCUGAGUUUGGCUAAUGAUGUUGAUUGGGAGAAUGAGAAAGAAUGUCUCCAGACAAUCUGUGCUGUUCUUGGUAAUUUCUAUGCCAUGCAUCCUCCUGUCCUCCCCAAUCCUGCAGGUGAUGGGAUCCAAUUCUACAAGAAAAAUCCCAAGUCAAUUGACGAUACUGGUGAUGACUUAAAGAAUGAGAAUCCUGAAAAAGAUGAUCUGGAUCAAGAGCUACUUGCUGAGGCAGAAACCGCCUGGGCUCAACGGGAGUGGAACAUUCAACAUGUAUUAUUCCCAUCAAUGAGGCUUUUUCUCAAACCACCAAAAUCUAUGGCAACGGAUGGAACUUUUGUCCAGGUCGCUUCGUUGGAGAAGCUCUACAAAAUCUUCGAAAGGUGUUAGAAAAAGCUUCUUUUCCAUAUAUAAGGAACUUUUUGGCUAACUUACUUUUUGGCUCGACGGCUGAUGCACUAAUCUUUCUUGGCUGGGAUCGUUGCUACCCUUCAACACUCAAGAGUAGUUCAUCAUAUGUUUUAUAAUGAUCAGCUACCAGUCAUAUAUUCCAGAGAUAGUCAUAUAUGGCGGGUGGAUUUCCUCGGGGGAAAAAAUCUCUCCCAUCCAUUAGUCAAUUUCGCGGUCGGCUAUAAAUCCUGUGAUUUACCUCCCUUCAAGAGAUGAAUUGUGAGAGACGUCUUGAGUGAGUGUAAUCAUCUUUUGUUACAAUAGAGAUAGUCAACUAAUUGUUAGUGGAUGUACAAUGUCUUGUUGGGUAUAUGAUCUUUUUAAUGUAAAGGGUCAUUGUAUUAGGAUAAAUAUUCUCCGUGAUUUAUCUCCUUCGGUAGAGUGUGAGAUUAUCUUGGAGGGGUCAUUAACGUGACAUCUUUUGUUCUAAUAAAGAUAGUCAGCAGACUACUUAAGCA